CAUGGCUCCCAAAGGCGCCUCCAAGCAGCAGUCCGAAGAGGAUCUGCUCCUGCAGGAUUUCAGCCGGAACCUCUCGGCCAAGUCCUCUGCGCUGUUCUUCGGCAACGCCUUCAUUGUGUCCGCCAUCCCUAUCUGGCUCUACUGGCGAAUAUGGCAUAUGGACCUGGUUCAGUCUGCUGUUCUGUAUAGUGUGAUGACCCUUGUAAGCACUUACCUGGUAGCCUUUGCAUACAAGAAUGUCAAAUUCGUUCUCAAGCACAAGGUGGCUCAGAAGAGAGAGGAUGCCGUUUCCAGAGAAGUGACUCGGAAACUUUCUGAAGCUGAUAACAAGAAGAUGUCUCGGAAGGAGAAAGAUGAAAGAAUCUUGUGGAAGAAGAAUGAAGUUGCUGAUUAUGAAGCUACUACAUUUUCUAUCUUUUAUAACAACACCCUAUUCCUGUUUUUGGUCAUUGUUGCUUCCUUCUUUAUUCUGAAGAACUUCAACCCCACGGUGAAUUACAUUCUGUCCAUCAGUGCUUCAUCGGGACUCAUCGCCCUGCUGUCCACUGGCUCCAAGUAG